UGUCCAUAUUGAGAUGUGAUCUGAUCCAAACCUAUUUAUAUUCUUCACUGUUUUUUUUUUUAAUUUUUGUCUUGACCGGUGCGCCUUCGAUCUCCUCGCUUCGUCGCCGAUCUCCACUAAGCUCCGUCUUACAACCUCCGCCUCAACCCAGAUUCGUGGAGGUCCAAUUUUGGUUUUUUGUGGCCGGAAUUGAAUUGAGGAGAUUUUGAGAAGAUGGCUACAACGACGACAACGAGCGGUGUGUAUAUCCACGUCAUCGAGGACGUCGUCAGCAAAGUCCGUGAGGAGUUCGUUAACAACGGAGGUCCCGGCGAGAGUGUUCUCUCUGAGCUUCAAGGAAUUUGGGAGACAAAGAUGAUGCAAGCUGGAGUCUUGUCUGGACCAAUUGAAAGGUCAUCGGCUCAGAGGCCAACACCUGGAGGUCCAUUGACUCAUGAUCUGAAUGUUCCUUAUGAAGGUACAGAGGAGUACGAGACUCCCACUGCUGAAAUGCUCUUCCCUCCUACACCUAUGCAGACUCCCCUUCCAACGCCGCUUCCUGGUACGGCUGAUAACUCUUCUAUGUAUAAUAUCCCUACUGGAUCAAGUGAUUAUCCCACUCCUGGAGCUGAGAAUGGAAGCCAUGCUGAUGUUAAAGCAAGACCCAGUCCUUAUAUGCAACCACCUUCUCCUUGGACAAAUCCAAGGCUUGAUGUCAAUGUUGCUUAUGUGGAUGGCCGUGAUGAGCCUGAGAGAGGAAACCCUAAUCAGCAUUUUACACAGGACUUAUUUGUCCCAUCAUCCGGGAAACGGAAGCGUGAUGAGUCUUCUGCACAGUAUCAAAAUGGUGGAUCUAUACCACAACAGGAUGGUGCAUGCGAUGCCAUGCCUAUGGCGAGCCUUGAGGGUGAUACACUCUGCAUAACAUUUGUUGGCGAUAAAAGGGUCCCACGAGAUGUAAUCUGCUCAUCUUCAAAGAUACCUCAAGUGGAUGGGCCAACGCCUGACCCUUAUGAUGAAAUGUUGUCCACUCCAAAUAUAUACAGCUAUCAAGGACCCAGUGAAGACUUCAACGAGGGCAGAACACCUGCUCCAAACGAGAUCCAAACGAGCACUCCUGUUACUGCUCAAAACGAUAUCAUUGAAGAUGACGAAGAGCUGUUGAACGAAGAUGAUGACGAUGACGAGCUAGAUGACUUAGAGAGUGGUGAGGAUAUGAACACGCAACAUCUGGUUUUGGCUCAGUUUGACAAGGUGACUCGCACAAAGAGCAGGUGGAAGUGUAAUCUGAAAGAUGGGAUCAUGCAUAUAAACGAUAAGGACAUCCUCUUCAACAAAGCGCUUGGCGAGUUUGACUUCUGAUCUUGACAAUAGCAACGUUUUUAGAGAAAGUCAGUUCGUUCAUUGUCCAGUGUCUUUAUUUUUUUCUCAUGAUUUUAGAACAUCUGCGAGAAAAAUGUUUUAGUUUACGGGAAAGUACUUUGGUUGGCUCUUCAACUUUUUUUUUUUGUUUGGGCGAAGCGUUUACAUUUGGUGUCAGGCAACAUUUCAUGGUAAGGGUCAGGCUAUAUUGGCCCUUAACUUGAGUCUCUGGAUGUAGUUGUUGGUUAUGUUUCUGUGUCUUCCUGUAACUUCUUAUAUAAAUGGACAAACACUUGUAUU